AUAGCAAUGUUAGAAAAGCAGCGCUUGCGCUACUUCGUUUACGAAUGGUAAAGCCGAUGCAGAUUUUGAGGAAAAAGGCGGCGCUUGAUUUGGGGGUUGAAUCCACGAUGCUUUCAAACCCUACAGAAAGAACUAUCAGUUCAAAAUCGUCCGUCACCUUGUACUAUCACUCUCCGGGCACAUGUCAGUUCUCAUUUUUAUUAUAUUUAUCAACGGAUUCUUGGUUUUCUUUGUUCAACAUGGGUUGUGUGAUGAAAAUGAAUACAGGUUGACUAGAUAUUUAAUGGAUAGUUACGAUGCUGGUGUCCGUCCAGCUAAAAAUUCCUCUCAACCUUUAGUGGUCGUCUUCGGAGUGUCCCUUCACCACAUCAUUGACGUCGAUGAAAAAAAUCAAAUUCUUACGACAAAUUGUUGGGUAACUCAAACCUGGACAGAUCAUCAUUUAAAGUGGAAUGUAUCUGAAUUCGCAGGAAUUCGUGUAGUCCGGAUGCCAUACACUCGAGUUUGGAGACCAGAUAUUAUUUUAUACAAUAAUGCGGAUCCACAGUAUAAUGCAGCAGUGAUAAAUACAAAUGUGAUUGUCAGUCAUACAGGAGAGGUGGUCUGGUUAAGUCACGGUAUUUUCCGGAGUAGCUGUGAUAUAGAUGUAGAAUAUUUUCCAUUUGACGUGCAAAAAUGUGCUCUAAAAUGGGCAUCGUGGACUUACGAUGGCUAUCAGAUCGAGCUGGAGCGACAAAGCGAGAGAGGAGACAUGAGCAAUUAUCAAGCCAAUGGGGAAUUUGAUCUCGUUGAUUUCUCCGCCAAACGAAACGUCGAGUACUAUUCCUGCUGCUCCGAGCCUUAUCCGGACAUCACCUAUGAAAUCAAAUUACGUCGUCGACCAUUAUUCUACGUCUUCAAUCUUAUUCUCCCUUGUAUUCUCAUUAAUGGCAUUGCUUUACUUGUAUUUUAUGUGCCAUCUGAAUCAGGAGAAAAAGUCACAUUAGGAAUUUCAGCGCUGUUAUCCAUGACAGUUUUCCUAAUGACCAUUCGCGAAACCCUUCCACCAACAGAAAAGACGCCUUUAAUCAGUUUAUAUUACGGAGUAAGUAUCUGCCUAGUAUCGUUUGCAUCAGGGCUCGCUGUGGUGACUUUAAACUUGCAUCAUCGUGGUGUUCGGGGGACAAAAGUACCAAAUUUUGUUAAAUCACUUAUUCUCAAUAAACUUUCUCGACUGGUUUUCCUUAAUUUUAAGGAGGAGUUAAUUGAACCGAUACGAAGAAGAGAAAAUAAUUGUCCUCUGCACUGUAAAACCGAAAGUUCUCAGCAACAAUUGUCACCUAAAUUCAUGACAAGAAGACAUGGAAGUAAUAAUGAAAAUAUUCAUUUUGCCACAGGUAUUGGAAAAGAUGGUGGUCUUGAAGCGCAUUGGUCUCGAGUUCUCGGUAAAGUUCACGGGACAAUUGAAAGGAAUGAGAGACGGUUAAUGGAUCAGGAUCGAAAAGAGAGAACAGAAUUGGAGUGGAAACGAGUUGCUCUGGUUAGCGAUCGAGCGCUUCUGGGAUUGUUUUUUCUCACAACUAUUAUCAGCACCGCCGUUAUUCUUUGCGGAGCUCCUCCAAGUGCUGAAUCGCCAGUAACAGACAGUUAAAACUUUCAUAUUCAACAAUAUGUACUCAUUAAGUCACUUAAAAUUGUCAUUACAUACUUUACAAUUUAUUUAAUUAUAGAAUUAUCAUGCCCUUUUUAUAAAUGCUAAAUAUAAUUCAUUUUAAAAGUAA